AUGAAGGUAAAAGUUCUCUUUACGAUCUCUUCUACGCCUGAGAUUAGUUGAUUUCCGUUCGUACAGCUGGGAUAAAUCCUUAUAAGAUGUAAAAUGAAGCGACAAAAACAAUAUUUCCAAAAUACAUAUGGCUUUGCUUAUCAUUCAUCAAUGACGUCCACUCUGUGUUUCCACAACUUAUGAACAAAAUUUCCCUUUCUUAUUUGUAAAAAUGGUUAGCAUUUUUUUCCAUCCAGCAAACCGCCCUAAUCGAUAAUCGAUUUUUUUUUUUUAUUAGUUUUACAAUAAGAAAUUGAAGGCACAGACAACAGGACUAAUAAAGUCCCAAAUUAAGUCCUGCCAUACAUGAAAAUACUACGCUAUACUAUGCUAUACUAUACUAUAAACGGUUAUAAAAUUAACAAAAUACAUAGCUAGUUACAUAUUUACGGUAUUACAUAAUUACAUUCGUACAAAAACUCAGAACAUGCACUUCUACGAACAACAGGACGUAAAACAAGAACGACAUUUAGAGCAAAACGUUUUCCAAGUCCUAGGCCUAUCCUAUUAACAUCAUUUUGUAAAGUCGUUUCGUUUUGGAUUUUUUUAUUAAUUCGGUUUAGGGUUAGAGCACGGUUAAUAGAAUUAGAUUCUAUUAACCGUGGUUAGAGUUAGGGUUGAGGUUAGGGUAAGGCAGGGCUGCCAACUCUCCCGGAUUAUCCGGGAGUUUCAAGAUUUUGGACCUAAUCUCCCAGUCUCCAGAUUUUGUCUUAAUUUUCCCGGAUUAGGACAAUCACCAACGUCGAUUUAUGCACUAGCCAUUUGAUUCUUCGUUAUCAAAGACACAGAAUAGGAAGUUAUACCAGAAGCGUAACUCUAGUCGUUUCCCUUAUUGUUUGACGUCCACGAAAAUUUUUAACUCGCUCACGUCAGGCCACGCCAUCCUGGCUAGUACAGCCGGAAGUUUUUAUCAGGAUUUGGUAGGUACAAAGUGCCGGUUGUACUAGCCAGGAUGGCGUGGUGAUUGAUGACGAAUCGCUUGUAAAAACGCGGACAAACAUUUGCUCGAGUAUAACUUCCUAUUCUGUGUCAAAGAUUUUAACAAUAAAAAUUAUUUGCGUUGCUCAUUAGAACUUCGUUUUGCGAGAAAAAUUUUGCGUUGCUUUUAAUCAGCGGUUGAAUGGCGCCAUUUUCCAUAAACACUUCAUCUUACAGGGAUUAUUUUACCAGUAUUGACGCCAUUAUAAAAGAUGUCGAUAUUUUAUUAAACUAGUACAUAAUAUGUGAACAUGGGCGUACCUUGGGGGGCGGGGGAGUUUGUUGGGCAGUCGGGCAAUAUUCGCUGAACAGUCGGGCAAUUUUGGUUUAUUAAAAAAAUAAAUUGGACAAAUUCUGUCAAUUUUGUGGUAAAUUUUGUGAUAUUUCCGAAAUUUUUGUUAGGUUCCGGAUAAUUUUGGUAUGUCCGGAAAAAACUUUUGACCCCUAAAAUGGUACACGGACCGAAAUUUUUUUGGCGACGGGGAGGGGCGCCAAAACAAAUUCCGAAAAAAAAUUUUUCGCUACUUAUCGGGCAAAAACUUUUUCGCUAAUUUUUGAUAAUGACGUCAUUUCCGACGUGACAUCAUCGAUUUUAAUGGAAUAUCAAUUCUCCAGAUUUGAAAACUUCCAGGGUUGGCAGCCCUGGUAAGGGGUUAGAGUAGUGGUAGGGUUUGGGUUAGUUACAUAGCCAUUUAACACCUCUUCUAUCUUGAGAAAAUGACAUCAGGUCAGUUUGCUGGAUGGAAAAUAUUGCAAACCUUCAAGGCCGGCGAGAGCCAACCACGGACCCCGGGACAAAUUGGUAAACACGGGCCCCCCGUCUAUCUUGACUCUCACAUUGAUAGCCACACCAAAGUCUAUUUUUUAAUCGCAAUCAACGAAGGAAUCGCCAGCGAAUUACUGGGUGUUUCGAAAACGAAGACCUACGAAAACGAAGACCUAAGAUGGAUCUUCGUAAUUACGAAAACGAAGACCCACUACGUGAAACGAAGACCCAUUUUUGUUUUCGUACUACGAAAACGAAGACCCUAAAAUAUUUAUUUACAUUGUUUUCGCGAAAAUAAGCGUAAAAGUGUCGCGAAAUUAAUUACAAGGCAAAUUAUUUAUUUUAUUAAUAUUAAUAUAUAACUUAAUGUUUAUAUUUGGUAGUUACGUAUUUAUACCUCUCAGUUUUAUCACAGAGUACUUACAUACAGAGGUCUCACUUCUGAGGGAAAACCGUAAUAAUUAAAAAAGGUAGUUUUUACCAAAAUAGCUGGUGGCCAUGUUCCUAAUCCAACCUUAUGAGCGUUACGCCACUGGACUCGUCGCCCGACCAUUAAGGCCCAUUUCCACUCAAGAAAAAUUUCCACGGACAGAAAAUUUUCCGAAAAUGUCAUUGUUAAAAGUUGAAAAUUUUCAACUUCAAAAUUCAGUCAGUUUCCUACGGAAAAUUUGUGUCGGCCAAUCACAUUUUACAAAAUUUUCUUUCCGCUGAAAAUUUUCUUGAGUGGAAAUGGGCCAUUAUAGACGCUUUGACGUUUGCCGAGUGACGUACGACCAGGCGUACGACAAUGAAUUUCGUGUAUUCAACCUUGGUAUCCAAUUUGAACAUCCAGUCAAGACACUUCUUGCUAGAGUCAAAUGGUUUCCGGAUUUUAGUAUAUGUCUCAUAAAGCCAGACUUUUUUUCAUUGGUUCACGAAUCCGUGAAAAUUCAGAAACGGUGAAAAAAAAAUUGGGAUGGUCACAACAAUUUUACAAUUUUAGUUUUGGGAUUCUGACAUGAAGUACACGCCAAAAUGAACUUAGACUCUAAGUACUGCUGACUCGUGUCAUCGUUGUGGUGAUUGAAAUAAAUGCGGGAACGCCACCUCCAACCGGACAUUUGAAGCCAAACUUGAAGGCCAGUCCCAGUCUUUUCACGCAUGCAAAGAGCGCUCAAUAUUCAAUCAAUUAUGAUGUAAACACGCGGGUUUGACCCCCGGAGUCGUCUGGGGGUCAAGACUUGACUUCAAGAGGCGGAUAGGCAGUUUAUCUGCAACCUCGUUCCCAGGGCCUUUAGGAAGAAAGACCCUGGGACCGAGGUUGGUUUAUCUGAAGGUAGCGUUCCAAUUCCAGUUAUAUUCAUUUCAAUGUUGUGGAAUACUGGUAUGAUCAAUAUGGAGAUUAGCCAUGUUUUUUCAGGUAGAAGUUAAAUGUUUAGAAGAUAAAAACUGAGACAAGUGAAAUAUAAUAAUACGACUAUCGGGGAAUUUCUUUCUUGAAGAAACACUCAAGUCAUCACAAACAAACAACCAAGACAACAUCAGUCCGAGUAGCAAGUUUAAAAAUAGAGAUUAUUAAUUUAUUUAUUUUUUUAUAUAAACAUAUUUAAUAACUUUAAUGUUUACCCAAGAGCGUGGACGCUCAUCGAGGGGCUCACACUACAUUUAACAAAUAAUUAAAUAAUAUACACAACAUGAGAAGACGAACAUUACAAAGAAAGAGGAAAAAACCCAACAAAAGUGAUAAAAGCUGGUUCAAUUAAAGGUUCAAAGUAAUAAAUUAAUUCUUAGAAAAACGAUUAGUUUGCUUAAUAUAUUUUUGAACAUGCAUAAAUAUACCGAUCUAUUACUUUCUAUACUCAAAUCAGUUGAACCAGACAAAAAUAUUUUAGACUUUUGAGAAUCGGACAGGACAUACCAGCUUUUACCAUAAAUUUGAGCAGCUACCGAGAGUAAGGAUAAUCUAAGAGCAGCAUAACGAGUUGACCGAUUACUCAGUUUUGUGUUCUUUUAAAUUUUUCCGCCAAAUCUUAGUCAAAUCCAUAAACCAAUGAAUACAAGAAGUCUGGCCUAAUCCUCUGGCUCUGCUUUAACAAUGUAUUAAUCCGUAUGUGCAGUAUGUCAAUUUUCAUUGUAAAUAAUGGUAGUUGUUGUUUUCAGGUAUUGCAUGGCAAGGACGCUGCCCAGUGGAUUGUUGAUAGUGGUAAAAUCAAAGGUGUUGGUUUGGAUGUUCGUUCUCUUGACCGUGGCCAAAGCAAAGACUUCUUCGCACAUCGAAUAUUAUUGGGUGACGAACUGUUUGGUCUGGAAAAUGUCAAAAAUAUCGAAAAACUUCCAACCAGUGGUGCGAUCGUCUAUGCGUCACCAUGCAAUGAAGAUUAAAAAUGGUAGUGGUGGACCAACUCGUAUUUUUGCUCAAACAGAUCCUGUGGCUAGAAGUUCUCAUCAAACAGCCAGUAUUGUGCUUCUGCUUUCCAUUGUCUUUACAAUUUUGUUCAUGUAACAAUGGAAAGAAAAACGGAUGUACAUGUUCUGACAGCCUUAUUAAAUUAAAUCAACUUUUAUUAAUUAACUUUUAUUUUAUUGAGUUUGUAUAUUGAGUGUAUUGUGCACAGUACUGCAUACUCAUGCACCGUGGAACAUUGCAGAACGUAACAAGAGUUAGUUAAUCACAAGGGUGGGUUGACUACAAAAUUUUUGUAGUUCGCUAUAACUACAGCUACUUCAAAAAUAUGUAGUCAGCUACAACUACUGCUACUUUUGAACAAAGGUAGUUCGCUACUGACUACAGCUACUGCUUAAAAAAUGUAGGCGAACAAUUUCGCUAUUUCGCUAUACUAUAUUUUUUAGUUUUACUAUAUUUGGAGAAUCUACUAACCCAGGCUGUAAUGUAAUCUAUGGCCAUCUAUAACAAAUCGACUUACGAGUAGCAACAGUAAACACAGAGCAACAUUUUUUGUGUUUAGGAUGUUCAGGAGUGCAAAUUGACUAUUGAGUAUUGAUUUUAAGCAAACCGUGUCUCAAUAUCAUGCUAUUCUAUCAAGUUGCUAACAAUUUUAAAAAGUAGCGAAUAGCGAUUCGCUGUUUGAAAAAUAGUCAACUACUUGGCUACUUUUAGGCAAAAUGUAGUUCGCUAUAACUACAGCUACUGUUUUAAAAAAGUAGUGAAAAACUACUGGCUACUUGAAAAUUGUAGUUCGCUACAGUAGCGAACUACAACUACUUCGCUACUACACACCCUUGAUAAAGUGUGACUUUGCUAGUCGGGGAUGUCCCGAGUUUAUCCGUCUCGAAGCUCUGGAAAGUCAUGUUCUGAAUUGUGGUUUUUCUCCUGUAUUGUAUUCAAACGAAGAAUGUGGUUUGGAGAUUAACAAACAAGACAGAGUCAAUCACGAGACUGAAGUUUGUGAAUACAGGAGAGUGAAAUGUCAUGACUGUGGACAGAUACAGGAGCUUGUUGGGGUUUUAAUGGAAAUUAAUAACACGACUAGCGAAAAAGUAGAAGUCUUGAAGGAGAAUAUGAAACAAGAAUUCAAAAAGUUCGAAGUAGGUAAGAAAGAUGUAAAAUAUGUAAAGGAAAAUCUUUCCAAAGUAAAAAAUAGGUACGCUAAGCGUACAUGUAUCUGCUCAUGGUGAUUGCACUUUUGCCAAGGCUUCAAUCAACACUCAGUAGCUUGUAAAAAAAUUUAAGGGACUGAUGUUUAACAGUUGACCAGUUAAAUAAAGUUAGAUUUAUAGUAUGUCAGAUGAAAGAAAAAUAAAAUGGCUGAUAUAUAUUCAACUUGCAGAAACUAAUUCCGUCCAUAACGUCACAAAGAUGAUAUUCAAUUUUAUGAUGUUCUUGUUGAAUCAUCUUAAUUUUAUAAUGUUCUUGCAGGGAUGGAUCCAGCAUGAUCUGAUAGGGGGGGGUACUCUGUCCGCUCUGGUGCCGAGUUGUGUCGGUCAUGUGUGCCACCCACCCAUCAACUUGCUUCACUAUUGCAAAGUCUUGCUUGACUACAGUAUUUGAAUUGUAAUUGUUGUUCACAGUUUGCCUAUCAUCAUAUUAUUACUCAAAUUUCUGUAUCUCAUUUUGUUUCUAAUAAUUUUUUGUUUAUCAUGAAAAAUAGGACCCCUUCCUGCACCCCCUCUGGCCAGGGCUAGGGGGGUGCAUCCCCCCCCCAGUAAAUCCAUCUCUGUGUUCUUGUUAAAACAUUUCGGGUUCCAAAUCUUCUUGAUAGUUCAUAAUAAACUUUAGCAGGCAUGCGAGAACAUGGUAGAUGCAUAGAACUUGUCAGGAUAACAGGUGGUGCCAAUAUACAUUGUUGUUCAUUGUUGAUUAAUUGAUUCAUUGACAUUAUUGACACUCCCCUGAAGGGGCUUUUCAGUGACAAAAAUUACAAACACAUAAACUUACUGUAUUAUUACUACAUUAGUCCUAAUUAAUUUUAUUGAAACAGAUUACUAGCAAACAAGGAAAAUUUCACAAAAACUGCAACAACAACAUCAACAUCAACAACAACAACAACAGCGAUGAUAACACACCAACAGUAGCAUCGACAACGCUUAUUGAUCAGCUACUGAAAAACAAGUACUUAAUAACUAUCCAGGAAUUGCUGGAGAAGUUUAUGUCUUAGUGUUAACUUUUGCAGAGUUUUGGAAGCCUUCUUAUACCAUAAUUGAUACAUAACAUCAACAUUUCUGCUGUUUAUAAUUGUUUUUAAAUAUAAUCUAUUUCCUUUUAGAAAAUGUCAUAGUCAGGUUUGAUGGCACACAAAUCAACUGUUUAUACCUAGUAAAUAUAUCAAAUAGGUCAUAUAUUGAAAGUCAUUCAUCAGCAACAAAUGAUGACAAGUAUGGAAAUUAGAAGUAUAAUUGAUAAUAUAGUUCUUGAAUAGAAUGAUAUAAUUCAGCAUAACAGAUCCAUGCAAUAAUAUUUUGUCGUGGAAGAAAAUCCACUAAACAGAAUAUUAUGUUAGUUUUGUACAUUGUGUGCUAUAUUAAAUAAGAUCCCAUUAUGACAUAUGGUUGUUGUUGAUUAUAAGACAACAUAGUAUGGGAUAGGUGAAGGGGGAUAUAAAUUGCUUAACUGGUGUUCUUGGCAAUGACAUUCAGUUGCAGAAAUCAGGGUCGAUGAAGAAGGGAGCACCCCGUCCAGGAUAUAUAGUUAAUAAUUAUGACUGGUUGCAACUGUUACUAUAAGUAUUGAUAUUCCAAUCUAAACUGAAUCUCUGCUCUUUAUGCAGCCACUAUUACUUUGCCUUGCUUUAAUGAAAGCAAGCAUUCAAUGCACAUACUGCUAAAAAGUGCUUUAAGAGAAAUGUUUCCAAUAUGUGUGACUUAGCUUCUGACUCUGCUAAAUUUGUAUAAAAAUGAUCUAUCAAAGUCUGUAAUGAAAGCAGACACCAAUUGUCUAUAGUUAUAAUCAUUGAUAAAGAAAUUAUGUAACCUUACGAAAUAUUUAUAUAGCCUUCUUAGCCUUCUAUUGGUUUCAUUCAACUAAUCUAUAUUAACUAAGUCACCAAUGAAAAUGUUAAAUUGAGAAGUACAUAAACAUCAACACUUACAACUCGAUAUACAACGGCAACAUGUGGAAGAAUCAACCAACAACGGCAACAUGUGGAAGAAUCAUUACUUUCAUAAUUUCAUAAUAGUAUUCUCAAUGCCAUUAGUCAAUAAUUUUCUUGUCCAAAUUUGCAAAUCAUUUCGUUUCCACUGCGUAUAAUUGCCAUAUUCAGACUAGUAAAAUGACGUUGUUUUAAACUGCAUUUGAUUUCGUAAAUUCACAAAUUGCCUUUUGUUUCACACUUUAGUAAGCCGCCAUUUUGAAAUUAGGAUCAUUACGUCAUUUCAUCUAUAAGCUGUCGUUGAUUGGCUAUGAGCACGCUUACAAAUUUCCGGUACGCGCACGAUGGCAAUAUAUCUGCUUCGCAGAUACAAUAAAAAUGUGGCUGAACUUAAAGUUACGAUGACACAAAUACUUCAAAAGUUAAGCAAUCUUGAAAUGAUGGGGAAUUCGCCGUCCCCAGUGAAGCCAAAUGAAGGUGCUAUGUUACCAGGUGCAUACGGGUCUGUGUCAAUGCCAGCAGCAGUAUUACGGAAUACCAGGUAUGCAUGGCCGUCGCCGGCAACAGUAAAUCACGGUCGAGUGCGGGAUCAAGACAAUCAAGAUCCACGACCGGAUCAAGACCUUCUAAAUCCAUCAGUUUUGGCUCAAGCGUCACCUCCAGAUCAAAAACAAAUGUUGGGCGAGCGUCUUUUCCCACUCAUUCAACAAACCCAUCCGCAUUUAGCUGGCAAGAUAACAGGAAUGUUGUUAGAGAUGGAUAAUGCACAAAUACUCCACAUGUUGGAGUUUCGUGAAGCAUUGGCUGCUAAAGUAGAGGAAGCUGUGAGCGUUCUCCAAGCCCAUCAAGCACGCCAAUCGAAGCAACAUUAA